UGGAACAACACACUACCAAAAAAAAAGAAGCUUAAAGAAUAAGAAACUUACCCAAAUAUUAUUCUAUCUAUAUUAUCUCUCUUCAAAACCCUAAAGACAUUAGGGAACAUAUAUUAUAACUUCCAUUCCCAUAUAUAUAUUCUCUCAUUCCCUUUAUCUUUCUUCUCUCCCACUCAACUCUCCUCAUCUCUCUUUUCUUUCCUUUCCUUUUUCAUCACCAAGUUUUUCAUUUCUAUUUUCCCUUUAAAGAUAAUAUUUUUAUUUUUAUUUUUUAUUUCUUGUGUUGAUAAUCCUCCUCCAUGGUUUUCUCUUCAGUUCCUGUGUUUCUUGAUCCUCCCAAUUGGCCUUCUCAGCAACCAAAUCACCUCCAAGGAAGUGGUUGUGAGACUAAUAAUGCUCAACAUCUUCCACCUCCGGCACCGCCAGCUGGUGGUGGCAGUGGUGGUAGCGGUGGUGGUGGAGGUGGGGGUGGACCUGGCUCCAUUAGACCAGGGUCAAUGACAGAUCGAGCCAGGUUGGCAAAGAUACCGCACCCCGAAGCCGGGUUAAAAUGCCCUAGAUGCGAAUCAACAAACACAAAGUUUUGUUACUUCAAUAACUAUAGUCUCACUCAACCUCGCCACUUUUGCAAGACGUGUCGACGGUACUGGACGAGAGGUGGAGCGAUGAGGAACGUACCGGUCGGAGGUGGGUGUCGGCGGUCGAGCAAGAGAAGUAGCAAAGGAGGAGGAAGCAAUAAUAGGUCAAAAUCUCCAAGUACUUCAACAAGCACAGUGUCAUCAAAUAGUUGCACAACAGAUAUAAUUAGCCAACAAUUAGCUCAUCAUCCUCCUCCUGCAUCAACCCAUUUGCCUUUUUUUUCUCAAAAUUUACACCAUCUUAAUGAUUUUGGGAACCUUGGUUUAAACUUUGAAGCCCUUCAAAUCCCUAAUAAUUCACUCCCAUCUGAAUCACCCUCCUCAAUUUUAUCAAGUGGAAUUACAGAUCAUCAUCAAUGGAAAAUACCCUUUUUUGCAAAUUUACAUCAACAAAAUGGGAUUUAUUCAAAUUUCAUGGCUGAUCAAGAUCAUCAUCAACAACAAGCAGCUGAUUUCUCAAACUACCAUAGGUUGUCAAAGCCAUUAUUGGAGAGUGGAUUAUUCAAUCAUCAGUUGGAGAAUAUAAACAACAACAAUAAUAAUAGUAUGAAAAUCUUGGAGGACACACAAGGGAUUAACAAUUUGUCCAGAAAUUUUCUUGGAAUUCAACCAAAUGAAGAUCAAUUCUGGAAUUCCACAACAACAACAACAACAACAACAACAACAACACCAGGGAACAUUGGAUGGAGUACUGAUCAAAUUUCAGAUCAUUUCAAUUCAACUUCUUCCACUACUCAUCUCUUGUAAUUUGGGGUUUCAAUUUUAAUUCCUAAUCUUAAUUAGAACCAAAUUACCAACAUUUUACCAAAAAAAAAAAAAAAAAAAAAUUUAACACUUUGGGGUUUAAUUUUUAAUUUUCUUUUUUUGUAUUUCCUUUUUUUUCCUUUGUUGUUUAUUCGUACUACAGGGGUUGAAAGAGAAUGAGAGAAAGCCAGCUGAGAAACUGAGGCUUCAAACUCUAACAUGUGAUUACAACAUCAAGAGAUGGAUAUGGGGAAGAAAUUAAGGUGAAUGAAAUUUCAGAAAUUAGGAAACAAGAAAAAAAAAAAUACUUUGUGGGGGGGUUUAGAAAAUUCUGAUGAAGGGGGAGAUCAAAAUAUUAGAGUAUUGUAGGGGUUAAUAUUUUAGCUACUUUUGUUGUGGAGGGUUUUCAUUGUUAUUAUUAAUAUAUAUAUUCUUUUCUUCAUUUAUUUUAA